AGUCAGCCCGUAGUUUGGAAACUCAACACAAAGGGAGCAGCUUCCAGCGCCUCCAUUGUCCGGAUUUCUCCCUCUUCUCCACCGCCGCGGAUCCGAUGAGCCUCUGAGUUUAUUUACAGAAACUUUUCGCUUCCGUCAGACUUGAGGAAAAUGACUUUUCCCCAGACUUUGCGCGUCGCGCUGCGGCCGCUGCUGCUGCCGCUGCUGCUGGCCGGGCUGAUAUCGGCUCAGUACCAGGGGGACAGCGGGAUCGUGGUCCCGGAUCACGGGUUCUGCCAGCCCAUCUCCAUCCCGCUGUGCACGGACAUCGCCUAUAACCAGACCAUCAUGCCCAACCUGGUGGGGCAUUACAACCAGGAGGACGCGGGGCUGGAGGUGCACCAGUUCUACCCCCUGGUGAAGGUACAGUGCUCGCCGGAGUUGAAGUUCUUUCUGUGCUCCAUGUACGCGCCCGUGUGCACGGUGCUGGAGAAAGCCAUCCCCCCCUGCAGGUCGAUCUGCGAGCGGGCCAAGCAGGGCUGCGAGGCGCUCAUGAACAAGUUCGGCUUCCAGUGGCCGGACCGGCUGCGGUGCGAGAACUUCCCCGUCCUGGGGAACGGGCAGAUCUGCGUGGGGCAGAACGAGUCCUCCCCCGCCACCGUGCCCCCCAUCCUGCCCGGCCUGGGGACCCAGGUCCUCCCUGUGGAAUCCACACACUUCCGCUGCCCGCCGGGACUCACGGUCCCUCCGUAUCUGAACUACAGGUUUCUGGAGGAGAGGGACUGUGCUGCUCCCUGCGAGUCGUCCCGGAGCGGCGGAAAGAUGUUCUUCACCGAGAAGGAGAUCAACUUCUCCCGCAUCUGGAUUCUGGUCUGGUCCGUGCUUUGCUGCGCUUCCACGCUGUUCACCGUCACCACCUAUUUGGUUGACAUGCAGCGCUUCCGAUACCCCGAGAGACCCAUCAUCUUCCUGUCUGGCUGCUACACCAUGGUCUCCAUCGCCUACAUCGCCGGGUACUUCCUCGGGGACUCGGUGGUGUGCAACGACAGGUUCAACCCCGAUGGCUACAGGACCAUUGUCCAAGGCACCAAAAAGGAGGGCUGCACCAUCCUCUUCAUGAUGCUGUACUUCUUCAGCAUGGCCAGCUCCAUCUGGUGGGUCAUCCUGUCUCUGACCUGGUUCCUGGCGGCCGGUAUGAAGUGGGGACACGAGGCCAUCGAGGCCAACUCCCAGUAUUUCCACCUGGCGGCGUGGGCGGUGCCGGCCGUCAAGACCAUCAGCAUCCUGGCCAUCGGGCAGAUCGAAGGGGACGUGCUCAGCGGGGUCUGCUUCGUCAGCCUGAGCAACCUGGACCCCCUCCGCGGCUUCGUCCUGGCGCCGCUCUUCAUCUACCUCUUCAUCGGCACCUCCUUCUUGCUGGCGGGCUUCGUGUCGCUGUUCCGGAUCCGCACCAUCAUGAAGCACGACGGCACCAAGACGGAGAAGCUGGAGCGGCUGAUGGUGCGCAUCGGGGUGUUCAGCGUCCUCUACACGGUCCCCGCCACCAUCGUCAUCGCCUGCUUCUUCUACGAGCAGGCCUUCCGCCCCCACUGGGAGCGCAGCUGGAUCAGCCACAACUGCAGGAGCCUGGCCAUCCCCUGCCCCGCGCAGGCCGGGCCGCACAUGACCCCGGACUUCACCGUCUACAUGAUCAAGUACCUGAUGACGCUGAUAGUGGGCAUCACCUCUGGGUUCUGGAUCUGGUCUGGAAAGACUCUACACUCCUGGCACAAGUUCUACACACGGCUAACGAACGGCAAACAUGGAGAGACCACUGUGUAGAGUGAAGGGACGGAGAACUGUCGGUGGGACUAUGAUGUGGUGUAUUACCUGUUUGCUCGCGCUCUGGGUGAGUAAAAGACCUCGGCCUCAGCUUUAUAAUCACACAUGCAUGCCAAACUGAGGGGUAGGUUUUGACAUGAGGACUGCCUAGAUCAACACGGACUCAACCUUACUGUCUGGACAAAUAACAAUCAUGGCCGCGGACGCCAUGUGCUGCAGUACUCCCCUCCACGUCUCCGGCUCUUCUCGCAAAACCACCAGAAACUCCAGCAGGGGAGGGAGUGAUCAUCCAGCAGCCCAGCAGAGAUGGAGGUCUCUCUCUCUCUCUCUCUCUCUCUCUCUCUCUCUCUCUCUCUCUCUCUCUCUCUCUCUCUCUCUCUCUCUCUCUCUCUCUCUCUCUCUCUCUCUCUCUCUAACAUUUCAUGAACAGUAUAAUGAAAUUGUAAAUAGUGAAAACAUGAAAUUAUAUAUAUUUGUAUUUAAAAAGAAAAAGUAGCUCAACUUCCUUAUCUGCAAGUGUACCUGCUUUACUUUACUUUACUUUACUUUUGCACUGUAAAAAUGCUUCAAGCCAGGAUCUGGACAUGUUUUAUUUUUAUUCCUGGUCAUAAAUUAUGUUGCUUUUUUUUUAUUACCAGUGUCUAUUUUGGACAAUUGUCGAGAAGUUUUGUUUGUUUUUGCUUAGUGUCCUGUACCGUCACUGUUUUUUUUUUUUUGACCAAAAGGUGCUGAGUGUUUAAGGAAUGUACAAAUAUCCCCCAACAUCUACAUCAAAUGUUUGAUUUCGUGGCUUAAGAUCAACAGCAGUUUUGUGUUUUGUUUUGUUUUUUUAUGUUUUUUAAUCUUCCCAUAUGUUCAGACCGGAAGAGC